GUGGAUCUCUGUGGUCAUGCGACUUUAGCAUCUGCACACUGUCUCUUCUCAAAUGGAUUGGUUGAUUCAGAGAAGGUCGAGUUUGUCACAAGAUCAGGGAUUCUCACAGCCAAGCGAGUCAUAAACACUAUAGAGAUCAAUGAUGGUGAAGUGAAAGGUGGAUCCUUUUUGAUCGAGUUGGAUUUCCCAGUGAUUCAAACUUCUGAUAUCAAUCUCAGUGAUGACUCCUCCGCCAUGAUCACCAAGUCCAUGAAUGGAGUUACCAUUGUUGAUAUAAAAGCUACGGCGAACAACAACAUCAUCGUUGUGCUUCCAUCUAUGGAAUCUGUCAUUGAUUUGCAACCAAGAAUUGAUGAGAUAUUGAACUGUCCAUGCAACGGAAUCAUUGUGACAGCUGCUGGCUUUGAAGGAUCUGCUUAUGAUUUCUACAGUCGCUACUUCCCUCCUAAAUUCGGUAUUGAUGAGGACCCUGUUUGUGGAAGUGCACAUUGUGCAUUGGCACAUUACUGGAGCUUAGAGAAGAAAAAGUGUGAUUUCUUAGCCUACCAAGCUUCGGCGAGGAGUGGAACAAUUGGGAUUCAUCUAGACAAGGAGAAGCAGAGGGUUCUUCUGAGAGGCAAGGCCGUGACUGUAAUGGAAGGGCAUAUCUUGGUCUAA